UUUAAACCAGCUCAAUUAAAUCUAUCAUUUAGGCUUUAAAUUUUCUGUUUUCUAAAUUUACAGGAUAGCAAUCUAACAAUCUUAAACAUGCCUGCUUAUAUCAAUGAUGACUGUGCUUGUACUACAGUCAGCUCGCUCGUUAGGGAGAUGCAGGAUGAAGCAAUAGUAUCACAGACACGUCAAAUAAACUAUGUUGAUUUAUAAAGGCGUCUUAUAUUAAUGAUACAAUUAACGACAACAACAGCCAUUCCAGCCAUAACAUCAAUGAGAUGCAAUCCAUUUGUCUUCAUAUCCAACUGUUUCGAUAGACCAACCAAUCAUUCAGUCUUAUGGUCAACCAGCCGCACCGUAACAUCAUUCAUUCUAACAUUCUCACUCAUAGUUGGUUGGAUGGCUGGUUUCUUAUUUAGUUCUAUUGUUAGUUUUCCUGGCACACAGUCUAUAUUUUAUUUAUCAAGUAAUCUAAGACGGGAGUGACGAAAUAAUACAUGUAUUUGUUUACAUCAUAUAUAGUUAUAUUAAUGUGCAAAGAAAUGCUAUUCAUAUCGGAACAUAUGUAGUGGAGAAGCUACAUUAUUAAAAUUGUGUUGAUAUUGAAGAUUUUAAUCUGAAAAUAACAACGGCUGCUAAAUCUUGAGAUGCACAAUGGACAGGAAUUACCGCUUAUUAGAUCUGUGUUGCUACUACAUUUUUUUGGAUUUAUCACAAAUAGUUUCGGUGGAAUACAGCUCCAAGCAACCAUUAAUGAAUUCACCAAUAAUACUGUGAGUUAUCGCCGAAACCGAAACCUAUGCGUAAGCAACAUCUGCAGUACUGGUACCUUCGGCCUGUCAUGUUCGGAGAAAUCAAGUAUACGUGUGACCGAGGUACGACUCGAGCCUACGUCUACGUCAAUAGAAAUAGUCCGAGGAAAUCUUCAGACCCUGUGCAAUGGUCGAAAGUACUGUGCAGCCGAUGGCUUGCGUACGUUGAUUCCACAUUGUCAACUAGAAUUAACAGGUGGAAUAAUACCCGUUGUAGCAGUUUACUACUCGUGUCAAACAGGUCUAAUGCAAAUACAGCAACACAUAUUAAGACAGCCAGUAAAGAAUUUAAAGCAAGGGGAAGCAACUUGUGGUAUAACACCUGGUCAGGAGCAGGCUAUAACUACUCUUUCGCGAUUUGAAGUGGUGGACGGACAAAAUGCUAUACAAACGUCUGUAGGCCACACAUUGCGCCAAGAUAACGGUCAUAAAAAUUCAAAUACUGCCGUAGAUCCGAGAGGAACUAACAAAAAAUUAAAAGCCGUUGUAUCCUAUGUGUUUCUUACUGUAGCAGUUCUCGCCAUUCUUAUUGCAAUAUCAUUUAUCAUUGGAAGUUACAUCAAAUAUUAUCAAGCGGGUCAAUACCACAUCGAAUCAAGUGAAAGAGCGCUGCUUAGAAAAGAAGAUACGCCAAUGGGUUCUUUCCCUCGAGGAGAUGACGAAUUAAAUACAAUCAUUCACAAAACAGACACUAUUAACAGUAAUUCCAGACAUAAAGGCACUGAUGAUUUUAAAUGUAAAUCAGCGGAUGGUUCUGCGAAGGAUACUAGUAGUUGUAAAGGAACUCUACGUAACGGAGGUAUUACAACUUUUUCUCCUUCAACUACACCAACACGUUCUGUUAGUGGAUUGUAUUCGGCAGUUGCUAUGGAAACGCCCAGAAAAAGCUGGGCUUCUGUAGGACCAGCCAGUCUUGAUUUGGAGGAAGAUGAUGAUGCACAAGUUAGUGGUUCAAUUCAAUUACAUAUACCGAAACGUCAAUCGUCAGAGAAACACAGAGUCUUUUCUGAUAGAUUUUCGGAUAGUGUCGAACAUUACUUAGUGAACAACGAUGAAUACGCUGUUGUAAGAAAACCUGUACGAGGUUCAACAAACGGAGCCACAGAAGAAAUAUACGCAACCCCACUGGAUAAUAUGGAAUUAAGGAAUCAGUUCCAAGUAACGACAGGGCCUUACUACGCAAAACGACAAACAAACCCGAGACCAACAUUGGCCUUCACAGACACCAGUAAAAAUAGUAAAUGGGAAGAUGAAUAUUUUUAAGCUUUGAAAUUCAAUGAGAUCUUCAGAAUAGGGCUAAGAAAUCUACAUAAAGCUUUUACAGUCAGUAUGGAGCUCUCAAACUUACUGAUCUAUUUUAAUUCUAAAACAAGUUGUUGAUACGAAAAUCUCAAACACUCUUGACAGUAAAAAGAAAUACUGAGCAUUAUAAGCAGCACGUUUUUGAAACUCUAAAACCCUCGUUUAAAAAAACACUAAUUAAAAGUUCAAAGUAUUACUUAAUAAAGAAUAUUAACGUUUGGGUAAAAGUUUAUUGAACUAUAAAUAUUGCAAAAGUAUCAAUAUUUUAUUGAUUUUGUUCCUGAAAAAAAAAAUAAAAGAGUGAAACAAAUGUAAAUCUGCUAACAUGUAAAAAAAAAAGUGGAUUCUUUUUAAAAUUUGGUUUCUUUACUUCAUAACAAAUCUAUGAAAGUCAUAAAUUGUGGUUUCAGAUUUUAAAAGUUUGUGAAACGUUUAAGCUAAUUCCCCUCGGUGAGCAAAAAUAACUUAAUUUCUGAAUUGUACCGCAAAUAAUCUUGAAUCUUGAGACACAUAUAUGUACGAAACAAAUGACAUGUCUACAUUCUUAUCACGAACGUGUUUAAUGUAUGAAAAAAUAACUACUACUAACGCUUAUCACCACACAAUAUGUAUCGCAACUACAACAUAUUCUAAUAUCAGGAACGAAGAAACAAAUUCACAAUUCAGAGCGGCUAACAGAUUCCUGAUUUUAUAUAUCUGGUUAGAUGUCACAAUAGUUCAAUUUCGAUUACUUAUGGUACUUUUGUGAGAAUGCUCUUACCUGGAAAACAAACCACUAAAUAUACACAAAUAUUUUAGGUGCAUCAUAAAAAAUAUUUUUUUCUCAUUUAAGAGCAUUUAACAAACAAGUUCGCCUCUCAUAUUAGAGCAAUGAAGUAACUUUAUUGGACAUUGAUAAUAAAAAAUGUAAAGCUACGUAUUGGUGUACAACAAACCCAGUUACUGUGUGAUGUCCGUAAAAUUUACGUUUUGUAUUGAAAAAUAAUGAGCAUUCAUCUAUAAAAUGCUCAUUACGUUUUUCAAUAUAAAUAUGUACAGAUAAAUAUAAUCAAUGCUACCAAAAUAAAAUCGAAAUAACAUUCAAAUAACUACACUAAAUAUUAUCACCAACUUGUAUAAUACUCACAACUGAGGUGUACAUAUACAUAUA